AUGCCCGAAAGAGAAGAGCUCACCUCCCGCACUCUCCCUUUUAUGAAACUGUCCGAUGGCUCUGAAGCAUCCAUGACCGGACCACCAGCUCCUCUUCCGCACUAUCUGAAUGCCGAAGGACGCUCAAUGGCUCGAUUCGCAGUCGAGGGAAACAUAGUCGUCACUGGAGGCGCAGGAACCCUCGGCCUCUCUGCCGCUCGCGCCCUCCUUGAACACGGCGCAUCUGGAGUCGCCCUGUGGGAUCUAGAAUCCACUCUCCGAACCUCGCAAACCUCCAUUCUAGCCCUCGCAAAAGACUUUCCUUCCACCCGCAUCUUCGGUUUAGCAGUGGAUGUCACAGAUGUCUCUGCCAUAUCUCAAGCCGUGGACUCCGUAGUGAAAACUCUCGGCUCCAUCGACCACUUGUACUGCUUUGCAGGAAUCGUAGGUUGUGUCCACGCCAUCGAAAUGACAGAUUCUCAGUGGCGUAAAACUCUCGAUGUCAACACCACUGGAGCAUUCCUCUGUGCACAAGCUGUUGCGAAGCAAUUCAUCGAACAGAAAUCCGGGGGCACGGUUACUCUUAUAGCGAGCAUUUCAGCUCACCGAGUUAAUUACCCACAAGCGCAGAUAGCGUACAAUGUGAGCAAAGCUGCUAUUGUGGCGAUGAAGGCUAGUUUGGCGGCCGAGUGGGCCGUACAUGGGAUCAGAGUCAAUUCGAUUUCGCCAGGGUACAUGGAUACGAUUUUGAAUGCUGGAGAUGGAAACAUUGCCGAGGCACGAGCGAGUUGGGCGGAGCGGAAUCCGAUGGGGAGGAUGGGAUCUGUGGGUGAGUUGGACGGAGUUUGUGUGCUACUCGGGAGUCGGGCGGGCAGUUACAUCAAUGGGGCGGAUAUCGUCGUUGAUGGUGGUAGCACGGUUUUUUGA